AAAUAUUUCUAGCAAUGGACAUCAACCCCGGGGCUCCGAAAAAAUAUAUCUAAUAAGUUAUUUACUUGGUGACACCUAGCUACGAUCAAUAAGUGUGUGGCCGUUCUUUUUUUAUGAAGCAAAAUAUUUCGACUUAUCUGCCCUGCCUCUGUUGCCUUCAAAAACUGAUAAAUGCAGCAUUACUAAUAACAGUGGCAACUAGCUGCAGGUAAAAUACAUUGCCUUUAUGUUACAAAAACGCCGAUCAAUAAUAAUAAUAAUAAUAGAAUGCUUCUUAGUUCAAGUACUUAAAUGUUAAUAGGAUGGUGUUAUGAAGGAAAUUACUGCUUAUGGUGUAAUGUAGCGACCAUCUUCAGAAGACUGCAAGAACUCCGUAACUCACACAAGUUUUGAGAAUGAAUCUAGGUUUCGGCGUUGCUUCCAACAUCAAUUUGUAUUUCCUGCCUAACAGAUCCGCAUCAUCACAGUGUUUUGUUUUACAAUAUGACAGUGAUAUAAAUUAUUCCUCGUUGUCAGUGUGAAUGCUGUGGGCUGGAUGAGGGGUUGCUGCCAGUUGCUGCCUGGUUGCUGCGUUGUACCACCCGCGAGCAGUCAGUAGUGGACACCCUGCCAUUCAAAUAAAACCUUAAUGAAUAAGUUGAAAAGGAAGAGAUAAUUGUAUCAAUUUUUCUCAGUUUUUUUACUGACGUGUCGAGACAAAAGGAUUUUAAACCGACAAAGACUGUAUCGUUUUAGGAUCAAUUUAUGUAUCUUAUUACGAGAACGGUAUGUAGUGUUGUUAUACGGCAGUCUAAACCGGUUUUUGUCCAACGCGGCCUGUGCCGUUACCGUUAUCUCUCGGGACAGGAAAACAGGCUGAGACCUACUGAUAUACGUGUCAGUGGUGUAAGAUCACUACGUAGCGUACAAUCCUCCGUGCUUCAGUGCAGCCGUUUGUUUAUCCCAGUGACUCGACGUUUUUGUGUACGUUUGUCGUAUCUCUGUGCACGGAAUUCUGUUUUAUUGAUCUCAAAAUACUCUGAAAACCUUUUUAGCGGAGUGUGUUGGAAACACACAAACAUGCCCGAUGCAAAACCAUUUGUGAGGCUGCCGAAAUCGGUGGUUCCAGAGCACUAUGAACUAUUAUUGAAACCUGAUUUAAAGACUUUCCUGUUUGAAGGAAAGCUUAAAGUGAAAGUGCAGGUGAAAUGUGCAACAGAUAAAAUUGUUCUGAAUACUUUGGACCUUACCUACCAAAAGGUGGAAUUUAUAGCAGAAAAUGGUGGAAAGCACUUUCCAUCUGACCGUGUUGUAUCAGUAGAAGAUGAAACGCUUACUCUUCUAUUUCCCCACCCUUUGGCCUGUGGGAAAGGGGAGCUUCUUUUUGAAUACACAGGUGAAAUUAAUGACAAGAUGAAAGGAUUCUACCGAAGCAAGUAUGUGAGGGAGGGUAGAGAUGGCAAGUCCGAGCAGGCUUUCUCAGCUGUGACCCAGUUGUGUGCAACUCAAGCUCGUCGAAUGUUUCCUUGCUGGGACGAGCCUGCAGUGAAGGCCCAAUUCUCCAUCAGUUUGGUAGCAGAGGCAUAUUUGGUUGCCCUGUCAAAUAUGCCUGUUGUAUCUCAGGACCCUGUUGCUGACAACCCAGGAAUGAAACUGGUUAAAUUUGAUACUACACCUAUUAUGUCAACUUAUUUAGUAGCUGUAGUUGUGGGAGAAUAUGAUUAUGUGGAGGAUCACUCCUCAGAUGGUGUUGUGGUGCGAGUAUACACACCUAUUGGGAAGAAGGAGCAAGGGAGGUUUGCUUUAGAGGUUGCUACAAAAGUGUUACCAUACUACAAAGAGUACUUUCAAAUUGCAUAUCCUCUUCCAAAAAUGGACCUGAUUGCAAUAGCUGAUUUCUCUGCAGGUGCUAUGGAGAACUGGGGUUUGGUAACAUACCGUGAGACCUGCCUUUUAGUAGAUCCUGAGAAUACUUCUGCAGAGCGCAAACAGUGGAUUGCUUUGGUGGUGGGGCAUGAACUGGCCCAUCAAUGGUUUGGAAAUCUUGUUACAAUGGAGUGGUGGACUCAUCUGUGGCUAAAUGAAGGAUAUGCUUCAUUUGUGGAAUUUUUGUGCGUGGCACAUUUGUUCCCUGAAUAUGAUAUUUGGACACAGUUUGUCUGUGAUACGUACUCACGUGCACUAGAACUGGACUGGUUGAAAAAUAGUCACCCAAUUGAGGUGCCUGUGGGUCAUCCUUCUGAAAUUGAUGAAAUUUUUGAUGAUAUAUCGUACAACAAAGGAGCUUCAGUCAUCCGUAUGUUGCAUAAGUACAUUGGAGAUGAGGACUUCCGCAAAGGUAUGAAUUUGUACCUUACACGCCAUCAGUACAAGAACACCUUUACUGAGGACUUAUGGACAGCAUUAGAGGAGGCCAGCAACAAACCAGUGGGAGCAGUGAUGUCCACAUGGACAAAACAGACUGGCUACCCAGUUGUCAAAGUUUCUAGUCAGCAAGAGGGUUCUGCUCGUAAAAUAUGUCUUACUCAAGAAAAGUUUUGUGCCGAUAACAAUGCCCCAAGCAAUGGCACACUCUGGAUGGUCCCAAUUACCAUAAGCACAUCACGCAGUCCUGGAGAAGUGGUACAGAGCACUGUCCUUGAGACUCAUUCUGCAGAACUUAUUUUGAGCGAUGUGUCAUCAGAAGAUUGGGUGAAAGUUAAUCCUGGCACUGUAGGCUUCUAUCGUACUCAGUAUCCUUCAGAAAUGCUGGCACAAUUUGUGCCAGCCGUGAAAGAUAAGAGCCUACCUCCACUUGAUAGACUGGGUCUUUUGGAUGACUUAUUUGCAUUGGUACAAGCAGGCCAAGCCCCAACUGUUGAAGUUUUAAAAUUAAUGGAAGCUUACCAAGAUGAAGAUAACUUUACUGUGUGGUCAAGCAUCAACAGUUGUUUGGUUAGACUUUCGUUAUUGCUCUCGUACACUGAUUAUGAAGAUUCUUUUAAAGCUUACGGGCGCAAAUUGAUGUCAAAAAUUUGUUGCCGAUUGGGCUGGGAUCGACGAGAGAAUGAAAGCCAUUUGGACACACUUUUAAGAUCAUUGGUUAUUGGUCGUCUUGCAUGGUUUGAAGAUGAGAAUGUAAUUAAUCAGGCCAAACAACGCUUUGCUGAUCAUGUAUCUGGCAAAGCAUUGCUUCCAGCUGAUUUGAGGAGUCCUGUGUACAAAGCAGUACUUUCAGUUGGAGAUGAAGAUACUUACAACACAAUGUUGAGGCUGUAUAGAGAAGCAGAUCUCCACGAGGAAAAGGACAGAAUUUCUCGGGCUUUGGGUGCAAUCAGAGAUGAAUCUGUUCUCAAGAAGAUACUUCAGUUCGCAAUUUCUGAUGAAGUGAGAUCACAAGAUUCAGUAUUUGUCAUUAUAUCUGUAGCAAUGACCAGACGUGGUAGAGAAUUAGCUUGGGAUUUCAUUAAAGAAAAUUGGAAAAUGCUCUGGGAUAGGUAUGAGGGUGGUUUCCUGCUAUCACGUUUGGUAAAGUAUCCUACAGAAAAUUUUUCAUCUGAAGAAAGGGCACAAGAGGUAGAACAAUUCUUUAAGGAGCAUCCAUCUCCAGGCACGGAGCGCACAGUUCAACAAUGUAUAGAGAGUAUUCGGUUAAAUGCUGAAUGGUUGGCUCGAGACCAGGAUUCAAUACGUGCCUUCCUAACCUCUGCCUCCCAGUAGCCCGGAAUCUUUAAACCACAGCUCAGGGUCUUGAGUACUUGAUAAUACUGUAUUGUACAAUUAUAGAAUUACUUUUUGUUCUGUAUUUUCAGUAUUUAGCCCUGCAAAAUUGUGGAGAUCAUGUUAUUAACAUAUAUUGUAAAAUUAAACAAGUCUUUUUGUCUUUAACUAUCUCUAAAAAAUGCAUUCUUUGUUUCUGCCUACACAAUCCUCAUAAUUCUUUUUAAUUGUAAUUUAGUCCAUUGAAUUGUUAAUUUUUGAAUUUUCUAUUUAUUUAUUCUAAAAACAAAUAUCCUAGCCACAAAAUAGUAAAAUAAAAAGUUGAUAAAGCCACAUUAUGAAUAUGUGUAUCGUAAAUCCUAAUCCGUAGUACAGCUUGCUGUAGAAAGUACCUCUUUAAAAUAUCCCUGUGAGGGUGAAUUCUCAUUGCUAACAUUUUGCAAAUUUUUACUUGAUAGCCUUCAAAAGCAGUGUUAUGAUUGAAUUGUAAAGAAUCAUCUUCAUAAGUUAAACUGAUCUAAAAUGAUAUAAGAGUUGUGUAAAUUAUAUAAGUUGUAUGAUUAUGAUUUCAAUCCAUCAAAUGUGCUUUUAUUGAAGUUUUUUAUGGCACUUAUUUGUUAAGCCUGCAGACCUGUAGAUAUAAGACAUGUGUCACAGUAGAAUGUUCCUUUGUUCUUUACAUGCUAUAAUUUUGAGAAAGAUCACUCUCCACUGGAUUUAUUACCCGAAAGAAAAUGGUAAAUUUUUAAGACAACAUAUAGUAAAGCGUGAGCCUCUUCAAAACGUUUGUCAGCUAUAAUGCAUAUAUAAAAGUUUGUAAGCUGUUUUGUUAUUCAGAAUGUCAGAUAAAUUUGCCUUCAAGUGUUUGAAAAACAAGUUUCUCUUAAAUAUUAACAUUCUUCAAGAUGUGCUCAGGCACAAUGUUCAGGAUAUGUUUGAAUAAAUUUUAAUGCGCCAACUCUGACUAGUAUCUCAGUAAAUGCCAGAAAAUACUCGUACUAGUGCUCUAAAUUGACACAGACUUGUGCUAGUUAAUUCCCCCUUAGCGGUGCCUAAGGGACCUACGAGGGUCUCCCACUCUAAUCACCAUUGGACAAUUCUCAGUGAAGAGAACCCUUGCACCUCACAAACACCAUAUCCCUUUGGCCCAUCUCGGUCUUGUACCAUUAUAUUAUGGGUCAGUGGGUACCCUGUGGGCUGGCCCAAAACACUGAGACUGAAGAACUUGACCCUACUAUUUGUAAAUGUGUUACAGUUGUGUAAAAUAGUAUAAUAAUUAUAAAAAUAAUAAAUCAUGCCAUUUUGAUGCAUAUAUAUCCUGUAAUGAGCUUUGUAAAAUACAAUCAAAUUGUCUCAAUGACAUUUGACAUCAUUUGUUUUCAUUGCAACAAUGUAACCAAAGUUGUUAAGGUAUCACAUUUUGAAAUCUUUUACUUACAAAAACUUUCAAAGAACUUCACUGAAAAUCAUUUGCAGUAUUUGUUCUCAUAAAUGCUGUAACUUAUAAAAAAACUGUUCACGAUGCUUAAAACACCUUCAACUUUGCACUCGGUACUGAACAAAGUUCUCAAAAUUAAAUCUUUUGCAGAAAAUGUUUGAAUGAAUGUAUGAAUAAUAAAUGUUUGAAUGAAUAUAUUAUUUACACUUUUUCAUAAGUAACAAAGGUUAUUUUUCUUUUUUGUAAUAGGGGAAAUGUUUUUUUGUUAAAAAAGAAAACAGAUACAUUCUUUUCAGUUUUCUCAUUAAAAGUUAGAUUGAAAUAAGACCUUGAGGAUACCAUAGAAACUAUCUUUUCAUGUAAAACUUUUCAGGGGGGAGAGAUCUGGAGCUGUUUUUGAGAAAAUAUCUUUUGAGGGUUUCUGAAAGUGGACAAUUUUGGGCUCUAGUGCUCAAGAAAACGCAGAUAUCAAGGAACUUAAUUGGAAAACAUUUAAAAUAUUUGUUUCUCAAAAAUGCUUUAAAUUAUUAAAGUACUUUGUUAAUAUAAUAACUAAGAUGGCGAGGCGGUUAGCGUAUCAUACUGUUGUACCCAAAUUGGCGGGUUCAAACCAGAUUGAAGCCGUGGAUUUUUAAGGGUGAAAAAAUCCUUCGUACACAUUCCUUCGGAGGGGAAGUAAAGCCGGCUGCCCCAUGU